AUGUAAGAACUAAGGUAGUUUAGUUGGAGAAAAAUACAAAUCAAAAUGGAAGUGGUAAAGGUUUCUAGUGAAAAUGGCAAAGAUGUUAAAAAGGAAAUCAGUAAAGACAAAGCAAAUUUCGAGGAGGCCAUCACCGCCACAGAAUUCGGAAAAUUUAAUAUAAUUUUAUUACUGUUCUUAUUGCCAUCGUCCUUUACGCAAGCCAGCGAACAAAUGGGCAUUUCCUAUGUAUUGCCCAUAGCGGAAUGCGAUCUUCAAUUAACAUUAGAAAAAAAGGGUUUAUUAAACGCCGUUUCCUUCGCAGGUAUGAUAUCAAGUGGUGUCUUCUUCGGGUAUUUAUGUGAUACUUUUGGAAGAAAGAAACUGAUUGUUGCCGGUUAUCUCUUACACACGAUAUUUACCAUAGUUGCAGCGACUUCGACGAAUAUAUUACAAUUGUUGAUAGCCAAGUUUAUAUGCGGGUUUAUAUUUAAUGGUCCUUUUUCAUCAGUUACAACAUAUUUAACGGAAUUCCAUUCAACUAAAUACAGAUCUAGGGUUCAGCUAAUUAGAGGGGUCAAUCUUUCUUCAGGAUUUUUCGUAUUGGCUGUUAUAGCUUGGGUAGUUCUACCCUUAAACAUCAACUUUAGUAUAUUUGGAUCAAUCAAUUUACAUUCUUGGAACGUAUUUUUGCUAUGUUGCUCAGUCCCACCACUGAUGACUGCCAUAAUGUUCUCUUUUAUGCCCGAAAGUCCAAAAUUUUUAAUGAGCAUUGGCAAAAAUGAAGAGGCUCUUAAAGUGUUCCAAACUGUGUAUAGUUUAAACACUGGUAAAUCAAAGGAGGAUUUUCCUAUCAAACAAUUAAUACAAGAGAUAAAAAUUGAUGAGAAAAAUAACGAGAAACGUAGUUUAAAAUCGAGCAUGAGUGAAAGUUGGAAAAGGGUAAAUAAACUUUUCAAGCCACCUUUAGUUUAUAGAUUAAUAAUAAUUGUAACGUUAGCCAAUUUUCUACUUAUGGGAUCGAGCAUAAUAAAAUUCUGGCUUCCGCAACUUCUGAAAUUAAUCAACGAUUACCGAAAAUUAGAAGGUAAUUCGGGGAUUGAUGUUUGUGCUGCUAUAAACACCUUAAAUGAUAUUGAACAAGUAGUUAACAAAACUUGUGAAGCAGUAGAUAAUUCAUUUGUAUAUCAAAACGCUAUGAUAAUUAAUGGAGUGGAAAUAUUUUGUUUUAUUAUUUCCGGAUUUUUAGUAAACUGUCUAGGCAAAAAGAGGAUGAUGGGUAUACUAAGUACCUUGGCUGCCAUUGCAGCUUCAAGUAUAUAUUUUGCUCCUGAUACUACUACAUUAAUAGCACUCCUAACGAUGUUUAUUUCCAGUUUGGAUCUUUCAGGUGUAAUAGGUUUGACAAUCACCCUAGAAGCUUUUCCCACAAACGUGAGGGCUCUAGCACUGUCGCUUAAUUUAAUGUUUGCUAGAAUUGGAGCUAUAAUUGCAAAUAUGAUGUUUUCUUAUCUAGUGGCAGCUGGAUGUUUCGUGCCAUUUUUAGUUUCUACUGUUUUAGCUGGAACUCUGCCAAUCCUAAUUUACUUGAGUCCUAAUACAGAAAACAAGGAUCUGCUGUAA